UUCUGUUUGAGGAUUAGCCAUGCUCAUGAAUAAUGGCCAUCAGUAACUCUAUGCUAUUUAUUCCCCACUGAGGUCUUGUGCUCAGCAAUGGUUGCCAGACCUGAAGAAGCUGCUCCAAGAGGGAUCCAAAUUGGUUUCUGUGCUAGAGGAGCAAUUGGGGAGGAUUAGAGCCCCUAGAGCAAAGUGAAGAAGGGAGGAAAGGGUAGAGGGGUAUAAAAUGGUCCAUGAUAUGGACUUGUUGGCUCUUUUCUGUUCUCACAAAGCCAUCCAGCUUUAACCAAAGAACCUAUUUUAGAUAAACCAAACCCAAUAAAAAUGGUUUCCGCUCCAAAAUUUAAAAAAAAAUCCAAGGCAAACUCUACCAGCACUCAGAAACAUGUUAAUGUUUCCCUCACUAUAGAGUUAUACCCAAAAACCUCCAGCAAUUUUUGGCCUUGAUGUUUGGAGUCAGAGAGGUCAACAAUGAUCUGGUUCUCCUCCCCAACAUCACCCUUGGCUUCCAAAUUUAUGACAGUCACCAGAUGGAAUGGAUGAUUUCUGUACUCAGCUUAUCUCUGCUCUGUGGACGUUACAAAUUAGUUCCAGGUUAUGCAUGUGACAGGCAGGACACUCUGCUGUCUGUCAUUGGAGGUCUCAAUCCUAAAUCGUCAAGGCAGAUGGCCUCCAUCUUCAGCAUAUUCAAAGUCCCUCAGCUACUCCUGCACUUCCAGUGGAACUGGGUUGGACUUGUGGCCUCUAAAGAUGAGAGUGGAGAAUAUUUUGUCUCAUCUCUGAUGCCAAUGUUGAAGAAGAAGGAGAUCUGCCUGGCCUUCACUGAAAUGGUUCUUCCCUAUUUGAGGAACAUCCGGUUCAACAACAGCGCUGGAGAGGAAGUCUCCUUCUCAGAAGAUGGACGGGAGUCUUCUCAUUACGAUCUUCUCAAUUGGGCUUUCCUCCCCAAUCAAUCUUUUGUCCCCAGGAGAGUUGGUGGAAUCGAUCCCAAGGCUCCCUCAGGCCAGGAUUUCACCAUUAACUCGGAUUCAAUCAUCUGGAUUACAAAGAAGGUGCCCUUUGCCAGAUGUGGCAUGAAGAGAUGCCAGGCAGGAGAGAGGAGGAGAGUUCCAGAGAGAGAGCAGGUCUGCUGCUACCAAUGUGACCCUUGUCCAGAAGGGACCAUCUCUAAUCAGACAGACGCAGCCCAGUGUGACCCUUGCCCAGAAGACCAAUAUCCAAACCAGGAGAAGAAUCAUUGCAUUGUGAAGAAGGUCCACUUCCUUGCCUAUCAAGAUAACUUGGGAUACGCUUUAGUUUCUCUUGCUUUUUUUCUCUUUGUGACCACAUCUGCAGUCCUGGUGAUUUUUCUUAAACAUCGUGACACUCCGAUCGUCAAGGCGAACAACCGAGAUCUCACCUACAUCCUCCUGGUCUCCCUCCUGCUCUGCUUCCUCUGCUCCUUCUUCUUCAUUGGUCGACCUGGGAAGAUCACCUGUCUUUUCCAACAAACUGUCUUUGCCGUUCUCUUUUCCCUGGCAGUUUCCUCUGUCUUGGCAAAAACUGUCAUGGUGGUUCUGGCCUUCAUGGCCACCAAGCCAGCGAACAAGGCAAGGAAAUUCUUAGGAAAACCACUGACCAACUUCAUUGUCUCAGUCUGUCCCCUGAUCCAGGCAGUUCUUUGUGUCAUCUGGCUGGCAACUUCUCCCCCAUUUCCCAACAUGGACUUCCACUCUUUGUUUGGAGAGGCCAUCUUGGAAUGUAAUGAAGGCUCAGCUUCAAUGUUUUAUGCAGUCCUCGCCUACCUGGGUUUCCUGGCCUUCAUCAGUUUCACGGUGGCCUUUCUAGCUAGGAAAUUGCCCGACAGUUUUAACGAAGCCAAGUUCAUUACUUUUAGCAUGCUGGUCUUUUGCAGUGUUUGGAUCUCAUUCCUCCCCACCUACCUGAGCACCAAAGGGAAGUCCAUGGUGGCCGUGGAGAUCUUCUCCAUCUUGGCCUCUGGGGCUGGUCUCUUGGCUUGCAUCUUUUUCCCCAAAUGCUACAUUAUCCUACUUAGGCCCCAUCUGAAUUGUAGAGAAAAUAUAAUGAGGCACAAGAGUCUCUGA